AAACAUUUCGCAAUAUUUGUAGCGGCAUUUAGUGAAAUGCGUAUUAAAAUACAAAAAUAACGCGGUUAUUGUGCAUAGCUUGUAUUCAUUUCUAAGUUAACUCAAUACAAUACAAACCAAAGAUGCGUCGUAGCAGAACUCGGAAUAAAAAUCUGUCCACAGGAUCAGACAGUGACAGUUCAACCUCGCCUCCAAAGAAAAAGAAAUCAAAGCGGAGCUCAGGAACCUAUGAUGGCGAUGGAAUGCUCGUAGAGGCAUCUACAUCUUGUGCGGUUCGCAAGCGUACAACUAAUGCAAAUUCUUCCUGCGAAGAGCCUGCUUACGGCCUGGCACCUCCGAAUGCUUUUACAAGUUGUGGAAAGAUUAUUUCAAUACGCCUCAAAAAUUUUAUGUGUCAUUCCCAUUUGUACAUCGAGUUUGGACCAAAUAUUAAUUUUCUUGUUGGCAGCAAUGGCAGUGGCAAAAGUGCAGUGAUCGCAGCUCUUGCCCUAGGACUGGCCGGCAGUGCGCGUAACACAAGUCGCGCCAGCAGCAUACAGAAACUUAUAAAAAAUGGAGAGACAAAUGCAUCCAUUGAGCUAACCCUAUCCAAUGUCGGUCAUCGACCAUUUAAGCCCGACAUUUAUGGUCCACAUAUCACGGUCGUGCGACAAAUUCGUCAAUCAUCUUCGACGUAUGAGAUAAAAGAUUCUCAUCACAGAACGGUAUCCAGGAAACUAGAUGAAAUACGACGGAUGAUCCUUUAUUUUGGCAUAAGUGUUGAAAAUCCAAUAUUUGUACUCAAUCAGGAAGCAUCACGUGAAUUUCUUAAAGAUCUUGAGCCCGCAUCAAACUACAAACUGUUCAUGAAGGCAACGCAGCUGGAUUUAUGUGCGAACAGCUUAACUCAAUGUCACGAACAUCGCGAACAUAUAAAUUAUGAUGUACAGCUACUAAAAAUGAAACUGCAAAAACUGAAGAGUCUGUGCCACGAAGAAGAGGAAAAAUUGGCAAUAAUUAAAAAUGAAGAAGCGCUUAAGAUUAAACUGAAAGAGGCUACAACAAUGCUGGCUUGGAUAAAGGUAUCUCAUAUCCAGGAUGAUCUUACUAAAAUCGAGCAAACUCUUAAAAUAAUUGAGAAGAAGAAUGCGGAUCUGUCACAAAAAACCACCCAGAAAACCAGCACACACGAGAGCAUCGCUCACGCUCUUCAAGAACUUGAGCAAACCAAGCAACGGAUUAUGGAAAAUUAUCAGGCGCAGGAAAAUGCGCUCAGGGCUGCUAAGCGAAUUGCUCAAGAUUGUCUUUUUAAAGCCAGCUCUUUUAAGGCAAGCAUUAAGAAUGUAGAGAAGCGCUUGAAGGAGGAGCAGACAAACUUCGAGGGCUGUCAAAAACAUAUGAAAAACUACCACGCAGACUAUUCAGAAGUUAAAAGGCUUCGAGAGGAAAAUGCUGCCACACUAGCGACCCUUAAAGAGAAAGUGGCGCAGAGGAAUGAACUAAUUGCUAGACUCAGGGAUGAACAAGGCGAAAUGAGAAAUCGGUUAACAGCAGCCAGAGAAAACUUGGAGUCUACAAAGAAUGAAAUUACAAAACUGCAUAAAAUGGAGCAAAGCCUGCAGUGGGAAAUGGAGUCUCUAUUACGGAAUAAAUCCAACAAACUGUCAGUUUAUGGCGAGUACGCAAUGGAAGUAGCCAAUGCGUUGCGUGCUCAAUACAGCGGCAGCAACGCGAGCCAAAUGCCGCGUGGACCUAUUGGCAUGUACAUAACUGUACCUAAUCCAAAGUACAGAGAUCUAAUUGAGAAUCAAUUAUCCCAUUGCCUGCGGUCGUACAUAGUUAGCUCAGACAAGGAUAGACUGUCGCUUAGAGCUCUGUUGCAAAAAUCGUAUGCAGGUGGUAAUAUACCCACCAUUGUUACCAGUCCGUUUACAAACCGGGUCUAUAAUGUCUCCAAGUACAAAGUGCAAUGUAGAUCUUCAAAUACGACUGUGCUGAUGGAUGAGAUAAGAUGUGAUGAUCCCGUCGUAAUGAACUAUCUUAUUGAUACAUUGCGCAUUGAGACGGUGUUGCUUACUGACUCUAAAGAGACAGCCGAAUCGCUGACAUCGAGUAUGGAAAACGUGCCACCUAAUUUGACUCGUAUAUUAGUUCCAAGCUUGGGGCUGGAAUAUUGUCCAUCGCCCAACUAUGCCAUGUACUCCAUUCAAAUAUCACCUGCGCGAUUCAUUCAAGUGAAUGUCGAUGAUCGCAUUCGACAGCUGAAGGCUGAGCAAAAUAGUCUGCAGGAGCGUGCUGCAAAUCUACAGCCCCAUUAUGCUAAAGCCAAGUUAAAGUUGGAAACUGACGCACGGGAAAUAAGCGCGAAAAGUGAUAUGAUUAACGCACAUCACACUGAAAACACAACAGCGAUGAAAAAAAUUAUGGAUAUUGAGAAUUUUGAGUAUCGGGAAUUUCCUGCUUUUGACGUUCUAGAAACUCAUUUAACGACGAGCCGUGAAAAGAUAGAAAAAUUAAAGGAGGAGCGUAGUAUAUUGGAAAAUCAACUUCGAGAAAUAGCCGAGCGUAGUGCUCAAGCUAACGAAGAAACUAAAAAAGAACAAAGCAUUCUCGACAGUCUCAAUAAAAAAAUUGCCGAAAUUGAUGCGAAAUCUCAGGAAUUACAAACAAGGGCUAGAGACUUGGAUCGACAUUUUGAGGAAAACCAACGACGGUUGAAACAAACUGACGAAUUACUUAAAACAACGAAAAAGGAUAAAAAAGAUAAGGAAGCCGAACUAGAAGCAGCUCGCCAGGAGGCGCAGAGAGUCGGUGACUUUAUUGAAACAAGUAAAUCGGAAGAAAACAUUCGUGAUCAAAUUAGCCGUUAUAAAGCGAAGAUAAAACAUUACGAGUCGAUGAAACUGAAUAGUGAAGAAGUGGAGCAAAGGCUAUCCAAAUUGCGUGAUCUUCUAAAAACAGAAUCUGAUAUUCUGGACAAUAUUUUAUGUGUCGUAGAGAAAUUGCGCAUCGAAUAUCAUUCUCGAGCCCAGCGAUUUCAGCGUUCACGUCAUCAUUUCUUUACCAUGGUAGAGUUUCACUUUAAGCAAGCACUAAUCUGUCGACAAUUUGAAGGUAAUCUGGAACCCAAUCAUAAAGAUAAGACGCUGAAGAUCAGUGUUUACCCACCCAGUGGUAAUAAGACUUCAAAUAUGAGAAGCUUAUCCGGAGGCGAAAGGUCCUUCACCACGGUAUCUUUACUGAAAGGCCUUUGGAGUACUUCCUCUCACCCAUUUUAUUUCCUCGAUGAAUACGAUGUUUUUACUGAUGAAGUGAAUAGAACUUUUAUUACUAAAUUACUUAUUCAAGAGGGAAUAGACUUCCCCAACAGACAAUAUUGUUUCUUAACUCCACAAGAUACAAAAGUCGAUGCGAACCACCUCAUUACAGUACACAAAUUAGAAAGACCUGAUCGGUAAUCUAGAGCUUAUUUUUUCUCAAACAUUGGUUGCUGGACGACUGCUCUUAUAAAUAGACGAAAAUUCUUUAUCAGAUGUUAUUUAUUAGUUUCAUGGUAUUUAUAGUUGGUAUUAUUGAUAAAUAAAUGUAAAGUUCUUUAAAAA